AUGCAAGAAAAUCCAAUCGUUCAGUACAUUUUAAUUAACAAGGAAAUCUUAGAUAAAAAAUGGCCAUUGGGAUCUAUUAUAGCCCAAGCUUGUCACGCCUGCGUCGCAGUAAUUGCAGAAAACCAAGAUGAUCAAGAAGUGAAGGAAUACGUAUCAGUGGAAAAAAUAAACAACAUGCACAAGGUUAUCCUACGGAUUGAUAGCACAAAUGAAAUAAAAAACUUAUCCAGCAUUUUAGAUAAAAAUUGCUUAAAAUACAAAAUUUGGACAGAAUACCCAGAAAAUAUACAAUCAGCGGUUGCAUUGAAGCCUUACUAUAAAAAUACGAUUAAAGAUUAUUUAAAAAAAUACCCCUUGUUAAGGAAGUUCUGA